AUGCGAUUCUCAUCCUUUGUGAGCCUGGCAUUGGCGGCUGGCGCGCACGCCAAAGGGCCCUUUCUGCAAAAGGUCGACGAUACCACGCAUAUCAUCGGAAACGAUCUGUGGAAUGUCACCAUUGGGCAGAAGUACGGGGUGAAGCUCUACUACAAAGGCAAGGAUUUGGUAGGGGAUGCCGUGGGCCACUAUGUCAGCUACAAUGGCGCGCAAUCCGACCUGAACUGGACAUCAGCGGAAAUCUAUCGCAAAGGAAAGACAAAAGGACAAGACUUCCUCGAUAUCCAAUUCACCGCCAAGGAGGGCGACUUCCACUGGGUGAUCUUCGAAGACCUGAUCGGCGCGUACCAGUACUUUGUCAACCACGCCCUCCCCACGCUGGGUGAGUUCCGGACACUGUGGCGCUUGGACAACACGAGCUUCCCCAACGGACGGACAAACAUCAAGGACGGCGCCCUUCCCACACUGGCGGAGAUCGCCAGCGGCACUAAGGUCCAGGACGAGACGUGGCAGCAGGCCGACGGGUCGUACAUUACCAAGUACGACUGGACCGCGUGGAUCCGCGACCAGGACUACUACGGGGUGUAUGGCGACGAGUUUGGCUCGUGGUACAUCAAUCCGGGCAAGGACUACUACAACGGGAACCAUCUCAAGCAGGAACUGAUGGUGCACCGUGAGAGCUCGACCGGCGAUGCGGUGCAGCUGAACAUGAUCCACGGCACUCACUUUAUGGUCUCGUCCAACGAUGUCUUUCCCGACGGUAAGGUCUGGGGCCCGUGGCUGUGGUACUUGAACGACGGAUCGAAAACCGACGCCGGCGCCCGCGCAGCUGACGAAUUCAAAGCAUGGCCCUACAAAUGGUUCGAGGACGAAGCUUACCAGUCUCGUGGCUCUGUCUCCGGACGCCUGGUGCUCUCCGACGGCCGACCAGCCGCCGGCGCAUCGGUCUUCCUGGGCGACAACCACCCGAACAAGACCGCACUGGACAUGGGAACAACCUACUACUACACCGGCCAGACGGACGACAAGGGCCAGUUCAAAUUUGAGGACGUGCGAACCGGCGACUACGGGCUGCAAGCAUGGUCCAACGGCGGCCAGCUCGCCGACGUGGCCACCUCCUUCCUGCAGAACGACGUGACCGUGAGAGAGUCGCACACGGCCAAGCUUGGCACGCUCAAAUGGGAGGUGCCCUCGCGUACGAGAAUCUUUCGGGUGGGCGACUUUGACCGCAAGUCGCUGGGGUUCCAGUACGGCGGCGCUCCGUACGAGCACGCGCUGGUCGCCAAAUGCCCUGCGAACCUGACUUACACCGUUGGCCAGAGCAAGACUGCGGACUGGUGCUUUGGACAGGCCGCGUUGGGAACAUGGUCGAUCCGGUUUGAGGCGGCCAAGAGCUCGGCUGCGCUGCUCACUGUCUCUCUGGCUGGGUACUCGUCGGGAACCACCUCGACAAUUCUCCUGAAUGGCGAUGCGGCCAGUCCGAUCGGCAAUCUGACCACCCUCCCAAACGAUCCCUGUCUGUAUCGGUCGGCGACGACCGCUGGCGAGUGGCGGUUGUUCCAGUUUGAAAUCCCCCAAGGGAAGCUGCAGCCUGGCUGGAAUUCGAUUGACUUUGCCGUGAGCAAGGCCAGCCGGUGGCAUGGCUUUAUGUGGGAUAGCAUUAUCCUGGAGUAUUUGUAG